CCCUCCUCACCUUUUCGACCACCCAUUCCAACAUCCCCGUCAUUAAAAAACACACACACUUUGCUGCACCUAGCCUAGGCUUGUUGUCUAUAUACAUACGCAGACGCUUAUGUGGUUAGCUCAUCUAUCGGACCUGCGAACCAGAAUCCUAACCGUGCACUCCAUCAGCAUCGUUAGCUUUUGCAUUCGCCCGCCAUCGAUGGCCAUCACCCACGACGACUACGUCUCCCUCUGCCUCAUGGCGCUCGCCGCCGCGGGCGGCGGUGGCCAAGCUGCUGCUACCAUGACAACGCAGUGGCCGCAGAACACGGCCGCCUGCUGGACGGCGGCGGCGCGAGAGCGCGACGAGCUCCGCUUCCGGUGCUCCGUCUGCGGCAAGGCGUUCGCCUCGCACCAGGCGCUCGGCGGCCACAAGGCCAGCCACCGGAAGCCACCGCCGGCGGCCGUGCCGCUGCCCCUACAUCUGCAUGCGUCCUCGUCGUCGUCUGCCGGAGGCGCGGCGUCGUCGUCGGAUGGCGGCAGCAGCGGCGGGCAGGCGGGGAGGCACCGGUGCUCGGUGUGCCACCGGAGCUUCGCGACGGGGCAGGCGCUCGGCGGGCACAAGAGGUGCCACUACUGGGACGGGCUGUCGGUGUCCGUCACGGCGUCGGCGUCGGGGUCCGGGUCCAGCGUGAAGGACUUCGAUCUCAACUUGAUGCCGCUGCCGGCGGCGGCAGCGGCAGCUGCCGGAGCGAGGAGGAGGUGGGGAGAGGAGGAGGAGGUGCAGAGCCCCUUGCCGGUCAGGAAGAGGCGGCUGUCGGGUCCGUCCUUGGAGCUUAGCUUAUAACGAUAAUUUAGUUAGUAUAUAAAUGUUGAGUUUUUUAAGGCAGCUGGAUAGAGUUUGUGAUAACUUCAUUCGUUGGUUGUUUAGUAUACUAGCUUUGUGCCGUGGCGAAUAAAAUUGCAUUUGGUAUUGAGAUUAGCUCCAUGUGCAUAUUUUUUUAAUUUGAAUUUAAGCAAAGAGGUACGCUUAUUAUAAGAUUCAGCCAUUUAGUAAUACUGCACAUGUGUAAUACUAAUUCUUUACUAGAUAUAAAUUGGAAACCAUAGGAAUCUUUUUCAAUUUGGCAUAUCAAAGAACAACUUAUAUUGAAUUCUCCUGGUAAUUUAUUUUUGUAAGAUGCUGGUUUACUCUUUAUAGUAUCUGGACCUAUUUUUUCAAUUGUGUGGUGUUCUCAUAACUGGACUUGGCACUCUAAUGGUCUUGUUACUACAACAAUAUUGAGUAAUAAAAAUUUCCUAUUCCGGUUAGCAGAUCUUCUGGGCACUAGUUUGGGUAUGAGCAAUUCCUUUUCUCACUUGGAGAAGGUCUCAUUUGAUCAUAUCAUUCUGUAGUUUAACUUCAUUAAUCUCAAUACAGUAGCUGGUUGUUCUUCUUUCUUUAGAAAAUUUUAAGCACGUGUAUAUAAUUUUUUAAGGGGCUCAUUCAUCAGCCCUAAGCACACACUGCAUUAGAUGCUUGCAAACAAGAUGCUCACACCAGAGUUUUUUCGAUUUUAAUCAAUAAUUUUGUGCUAAUAAUUUUGAUUUUGCCUUGCCUUCCUGUCAGGAAUAAUUUCUUAAGAAUUCCUACAAGGAAUAACUGCCUGAUUGGAAAUUAUUGUAGAAGUGUGGAAGGAUAAGGGGAUAUUACAACAACAAACAAGAAGAGGCUUCAUGAUCAUUUGAGUUAGAACUACAACCCAAAAAAUAAAUGUGAUGGGAGAAGGUGGAGGAGAAGGCCUUUAGAAGUUCUUAAUUUGCAGGCUUCAGAGGAGCAACUGAUUUUUUUGAACAAGCUAGGAGCGUGAGGGGAAACUCAGCCUGUUCUUGAUCAUCUCAUGUAAGAAGUUUGAUUCUUGCUUUACAUAAAUGAGUACCUGGACCUUACAAGACUGAAUAUCCUUUCACUAUCAGCACAGCUCUUUGAUUGAUCCCACCUGUCUUGGUUUGACAAUCGAUUUUGUAUUGCCUGCUUAGUGCUUAGCAUGUAAAACAAUUGCCACUGUUGAUGUGUAGAUAUAGUUUAGAAACCAAAUAUUCUGAAAUUGCAGCUGCUAUGGAUAGUCCUGAAAUUGUUCUGAAAAUGCAGCUGCUACACUAUAAUGGCAUCUUUCUGAAAAUUUAAAUGUCACUCAUAUAAGCUGCCAUCCUCAUUCUGCUUGUGACAACAUAGUGUGUACUUACUGAAUGUUCUAACUCAUAGCUUAUUAGAUGUAUCUAUAAACUCAGCCGUGGGCAAGAUUUCAUAUACAACCUUUGAUUUCCCAGUUCUCAUGCAAGUAGUAGUGUUUUUACAAGUGCUAAUGAAAUCAUGGCCUAAUGCUUUGAUGUGCCUUAAAUAUUGUGAGUGAACCACAGGGUAACUUGCUAUAAUGUUGUUUGCACACGUUACUUAUUUAAAGCAGCAUAGCCAUAUCUAUAAUAUUGAAUAGAAAAUUGCACUAUUCUUGUUUUUAAAGCAGCAUAGCCAUAUCUAUACUAUUGAAUAGAAAUUGCACUAUUCUUGUUUCUUGGCGAUGAUAUACCUUUGCGUGAUUGCUGAUAUUGUUCUGUAUUAUAGAAUGCUCAACACCUGAGAUGUAUUUUGAUUUUUCUAAUUUUUUUAUGCUCAUGUGAAGGUAAAGGUAAACGGGUAAGUUCAAAGUGUUAUAAAUGGUUUGCGAAAUUCUUUUUUUAUUUACUAUGCUAAACUCAGUAAUUAUUGAUCAUAUUUAUUUUUCCCAUCUAACGGGCAACAUAAUUGCCAAGGGCUCUCUGGUAACAAAUACUAAUUUUACAAAUAUCUACAUGGGAGAGUUAUGAAUCCAGGAUUCUAAUACUUUGGUAAAUAAACAAUUUUGCCAUGAUCAGUUGCUGAAUUUCCCAUACCAUUUAAUCUCUUAACAAUUAGGUGAAUAUUGGUAUUAAUAGUAUAUGUCCAUCCUUGCAUUAAUUGGUAGGAGAUAUGGGAGAUAUGAUGUUCAAAAUUGUAUUUGGGAGCACCUACCGGGGCUAGGAGAUAAGAUGUUACUUGUUAAAUGUUGAAAUUUGUAUCGAGUACCUAUUUUUCUGUGAAAGAACAAAAGAAUAAUCAAAGAUUGAUAAGGUACAUGCUUAUCAAUGCUUGUUCCAGGGGACUUAUGUUGUUAAGGUGGCUUAUAUACCAGAAUGGGUUUUUAACCCUGACAAUUAUAUGAAGUUUAUGGUUGUUUUUUAAGGAUAAAUGACCAUAAAGUACAUUGUUUUGAAUCAUUAUUAUUUUUUUCCAACUGCAAAAUCCUGCUUGUAUCUAUGUUUCUUCAGCAGUCUACUGAUCGUGCUCCAAACUCUAAAUCUGUUUGCGAUCUUUCAUGCUACUAAUUUUUCUAGCAAACAGUUAUGUUUGGAAGCUAUAAUCAUCAGUGUGAUUUAUUAGAUUCUUAAAUGAUAAGCCCUUUUCCAUAAGUGAAGCUUGAUUAAUGUGAUUUUUGCUUCAAAUCGAAAACAUGUCCCAUUCAGCAGACAUGUUGAUGAGCUCUGGAGGGAUGCAAAAUCUGGGAACCACACUACUUAGAUGCACACCUGGCCUUGCACGAGAGACGAACAUGCACUUGCAAGGCAUGUGCUUGCUGAUUUGGAAGUACAAAGAGGAAGGAUUAAUUGGAGUCGGGAUUAUUUCUUCUGUCAAGAGGAAAAACCAAAGUUGUAAUAAAUUUGGGCAUAUGGACAAGGAUGUGCCAUUUGCAAAGUAGAAAAAUAUAGAGUUAGUGGAGUGAAGAUAUUUUUUUUUCUAAAGCGCAGGCCCUACUUCACGUUGUGAAUGAA